AUGUUGGGCAAGCGUGAACAGCCUCCGUUUAGGAGGACAACAAGCAUGUCAGGAAUAAAUGCUGCCGCCGGUGAAAUUCCGCCGCCGUUUAAGCCUCUUAAUCCGAUGAUCGGCUGUGUUGGAUUCGGAGAUGUAAUUGUGGGUCCAAGUGGAUAUGAUGAAGGGUCAAUGGCUAUGAUGCCUCAGGGAAUCUAUAUGACGGCUGGUUCGGGUGAUUCAGCCGGCGUGGAGAUGGCUGAUUUCUUGAAAACCUGCGGCCUCUGCAACCGCAGUCUGCCACCGGGCCGUGAUAUCUACAUGUAUAGGGGUGAUGCAGCAUUUUGUAGCCUAGAAUGCCGAGAACAACAAAUAAAACAAGAUGAAAAGAAAGAGCGACGCGCCAUGGCGAAGAAGGUUGAAACUCAUCACAACCACUCUAAGGUGGCGGCAGCCGCUGCCUCAGACACCUCCAGCAAGAGUGAGACGGUGGCGGCAGCUUAA